UGUUACGUUCUUGGAUAUUAUUUGUCUAUGAUUAUUUGUUUUCAUUUAUCUCUUCGUAAAAAAUCGCUUGCAUAGUUGCGAAACGUUUCACCACAAGUUGUUUUAUAUAAUUUUAACGGACGGAAAUUGAUAAAUUAGCUAUUUAAGCAAAAUGGCAUUAAUGGCAAGAAUCUCGCAAGCAAACAUCGUGCAUGCCACGAAAAAACAUACCGCCACUGUAUUUUUCUUUCACGGUUCCGGUGGUACAGCAGAAGACAUGAAAGAGUGGAUUAAUAUAUAUACCAAAGAAGAACUGCAAUUUCCACACAUAAGAUUAGUUUAUCCUAGCGCACCCAGUCAAGCAUACACACCUAAUGAUGGGAUGUUGCAAAAUGUAUGGUUUGACCGAAUGGCAAUAUCUAAUCAAGUACCAGAGCAUGUAAAGUCAAUUGAUUCUAUGUGUCAGGAUGUAUCAAAAUUGAUUGAGAAGGAAGUAGAAGAUGGCAUUCCUUACAAUAGAAUAAUUCUAGGUGGUUUCUCAAUGGGUGGUGCUUUGGCGCUGCAUUUAACAUACAGAUAUAAGCCAAGCAUAGCUGGUUGCUUUGCUAUGUCUUCUUUCUUGAAUAAGGGAUCUUUAAUAUAUGAGCAUUUGAAAAUAAAUCCAGAAAAUAAUAAAGUACCACUUCUUCAAUACCAUGGUACAGCGGACACUUUGGUUCCUAUUGAAUGGGGUGAAGAAACUGCAAAGAAUAUGAAAGAACUUGGUGUAAAUGUGAAAUUUGUACCACUGCCAAAUAUGGACCAUGAUCUGAAUCGUUCAGAAGUGCAAGGAUGGAAAAAUUGGCUUCUCAGUAUCUUGCCGGACAUAUAAUAUAGUUGAUCGUCAAUCAGAAUUAUUAAUGUCAAUAUUCGUAACAUACUAUAAACUAGGGUGCAAAAUGGCGCAAUAUUGUUGCAUCUACUUUUAGGUAAUUAUAUGAUAAUAAAUCUGGUUGAAGCAAAAUUACGGAACUCUUUUCUCGUGGAGUAAAACAAUAAAUUUGAGAUAGACCUUGA